CCUGCAACUCUGGUCUGCCUCCGGACCGUUAGCCUUUAGGCCUCAACCAUCCCUUGUGCCCUUGAACUCUCAAAACAUCCACCACACUCCCAAACCUCUCUUUCGGCCGGCAUCGACACUUCCUUGGUUUCUCUAACAAACACUGUCGCCAAUACCCUCAUCUUCCUCUUCAUCCGCGUCUUCCACCUCACCUUCAUUCUCGCUGUCGCCGUCCUUGAAGUCCUUGAAUCCAAUGGACCCACAUCUUCCAUCCUACCCCAGAUCCAUCCACCCUGCAUAGCGUCGUACUUGGUCCUUCACACCACGUUGAAUCGGAAGCUCCCCCAGCCAUUCACACAAUUCCCACCAACCUCAAACUCACCUCAUCCGCUUGCGCACGUGGCUCCUCUUGCCGGCAAGAGCAUUUGCGUGGACCCAACACUGAUUACCGACUCUGACCUGAGGGCUGAAGACAAAUAUCACAAGAGUCAACUGAGAAUAUCGUUCGCCCGCCAGGUCCUUUCUGCUCGAGUACUCGCGCGGCCACUCACAUUCGCUUCUAUCACAUUUAUCUGACUAUGUACCGCUUCCCUCCCGUACACUUCGAAUCGAGUUGUCCCGGAGCCUACUGAGACACCAUGUCGUCCAUUUCGCCAACCGCUUCCUACUCAACCGCGGCCCAGCCUCAAGAUGGAGCUGGCGCAUACAAGUACGAAGACAAUACAUAUCACCUUACCCAAGGCUAUGCCGGCCAAUUCGAUGUUGCCUUGCCUCUAGAACGAUCAGAGUUCGAGUCGGCGACAAAGGACAAUUCAAAAACAACCCCAAACACAUCUUCCGAGCCGAAAAACCGCCUGCGCAAGGCCUGCGACAGUUGCAGUGUGCGGAAAGUUAAGUGCGACGAAUCUGGCCCUCCAUGCAAGUCGUGCGCCGCGCUUGAAAUUCCUUGCACCUUUGACCGGCCGAGCCGUCGGCGCGGGCCUCCCAAUCGACAUGCAGAAGCCAUUAAGAGACAAAAGCUUGAAGGCGGCGCUUUUGAAGGAUCUCGAGGUUCUCCGACCCAUGACGCCGCUUACAGUCUGGCGGCUCUUGCAGCACCUGCGCAACUCUCGGCUGAAUCGAUAUGUGAUUUAUCCACCUUGAAAAUAUUGCUGGAUGAUUACUUUACGUACAUCCACCCUCUGAUACCUGUGCCACAUGAGCCGACUUUUCGAAGGGCUUUUGAGGCACGAGAAGAUCGAACUAACCAUAAAUUUUUAUCUUUGAUCGCGGCCAUGGUCGAGUGCCUGGUUGCUUCCUUUCCAAGGCGACCUCGCCAACUGUUUACUUCUGAUGUGGCGAGAGCCACGUUCCCCAAUGCUGGGGCUUUGAUUGACAGAUGUCACCAGGUUUUUGUGGAUGCUCGUGGAUUAGGAUACAUCGAUCGACAAAUGACACUGUACGAUGCCAUUGCGAGCUAUUUGGUCGGGCUGGCAGCUGGCUACACCUUGGACAUUUCUCGAAUGCGACUCUAUCUCGGAGAAUGCACCAUCAUCAUACGAGAACUCGGCUUCCAACGGCCAGAGAUCUAUCGACCCGCUGCGACACCAGGAGGAACUUACCAACCGAUAGACCCUCAGCGCCCUCCCCCCAUCGACCAUGUAUAUCAAGAAUCCGGCCGCCGGCUCUUUUGGCUUCUUUUUGUAGGUGCAAUGUCUGCACGCCAGCUGGAUGAAGCAGAAGGGGACCUUUUGAUGCCCCCCGUCUCCCAUGCCGAGAUGCUGCCGCCAUUGCCACUGGAAGUUGACGAUGAAUACAUCACCGAGUCUCAAGUAUAUCCACAACCUCGGGGCAUAGUUUCGGAGCUGGCUGGUUUUAACCUCAAUGUCAAAGUGUUCCGCGCAUUUCAUUUUCUGGCGGCACUCGAAAUGGCGUUUGGGGCCAACACGGUCUAUGACUGGGAUCGGCAACGUCAAUUCAUCCGUCGCGCUCUACAAAACGUCAAGGACGCCACGCAAAACGCGCCCAAAGAGCUGCAGCUCAACCCGGCCAACGGCUUCGGCGAGUGGCCACCGACACAGGCCGACAUCUCGGCCUACUCUCACUUGUUCAAUGACAGGGAAGCCCAAGACUCAGAGCAGCAGCCCACUCCAAGCACGGGUCGAGGGUCAUUCUCACUCCCACCAUAUUCCAAAAGAGCUAUCCAGUUUGAAAUCCAGAAAGCUAACAUCUACGGCACCCAACUGUCGUCGAGAUCUUACCUUGUGGAACGAUUCUGGAAUCUUUACGAGAUUGUGGAUCGGGACAACAAGCAAUUUCCCACGGCACUAACUGAAAAGGCGGGGACUAGCUCGUCCCCCACAGCAGGCAUCAUGGCUACCGGGAUGGAGCACAGUUACCGUCAGGCAACGGGGCGGACACCGAGCGACAGUAUGAUGGACUCUGGAGAGCAGAUGAUGGCAGUGGAAAGAGAAGACAUUGUGCGCGAUAUGGCCUUGCUCUUGAAGAGUGUUAACCAAGUCAAUAUGGAGCCCAACGGAAUGAGUUUUUGCAACAAGAUUCGAACCGUAGCAUCCACGCUACUGGAAACCAAACGAGCACGGAUGAGCGUGAUGCCAACACUAGAUUCGGAGAGCGUCAACAGUUACCUUCAUGUGUUCCUCGGUAUACUAUCAAAACUGGAACGAUUGGGACCAGGGCGGUUCCGAGGUGGACCGGAUGGAGAACUUGGCGGCGUGUUCCGGACACCAGAAGAAAUCGAAGACGAGGAACUGACGCAUUGGGCCAGCCUCAAGGAACAUCAAGAACGAUUUGUACGACACAAUGGGUUUUGGUGACGGGGCAGGGCUGGCUUGGGGGGGGUUUGGAGGGGUGGCGGCGGUGGAUUGGUAUUCAAAAGGUUCAUGAGACACGACCAUUGAGCGGCAAGAGAACUUCUGUGUGUGUAGCAACAAAAGCGGCAUAGUCUGAGGGUUGUGAUCAAUCGAAUUGUUUUUGAGCGCUGACACUGUUGAUAAAAGGAUUCGAACAUCGAGAUUUGG